GGAAGGCUAGAGCCCACGCGGGGCGGGGGUUUGGGGUGCUGGGGCCGCCCCUUCCCGCAGGGACCUCGACCCCCGUUGGCAUCCGCCUGUCAGUUUGAGGCAGAAGCCCCUCUACGCACCCCCAUUGCCCGCCUAGACCCCGCUUGGCCGCGUUCACGUUCUCCCUUCACCACCUGAUCCGCAUCCCAGGACCCAUCUCCCUCCCCACCAGCCACCCCCAUCCGGUCUCCCUCCUGACCAGCUGCCCCCGAACCCAUCUCCCUUCCAACCAGCCGCCUUCGAACCCAGCUCCUAUCCGAACAACUGCCCUGGACCUAUCUCCCCCGACCCAUCCCCCACCCAAUCACCCCUAUCCCGACCCCCAACCUAAGCCUCCGUCCCUGCCCCUCCCCCGUAUUCCUAGCGCGCUGCCCUUGCCUACUUCCCCAGCUCAUUGAUUGUGGAGCUCCCCUGUGUGGCGUUGUAAGCCCCCUUCUCAGAGCCAGAGCCAGUCAGUGACUGGCGCAGUGAACACGUCUACCAUGUCAAUAAGCAUCCGGCAUCAACGGCAAAGCCUUUCCGCCCAUCCCCGCAAUAGAAUUUGGGGCCUGGGCUGCAGAUCUCAGUGCUCAUGCCAGGUGAACCCGGCACUUCCACCAGGCACUCACCCCUCCAAGUGACACUCUCUCACACACAUCCCCAACAUUAAUCCCAGACCCCUACCAAAGUAGAUCUCUAGGACCCCAGGGCCACCACAGCAUUGCCCAUGGAGGGGUCCAGACUUCAGGACCCUUCACAUCAUCCCAGGCCUCCUUCAUCUUCCAGAAACAGCCCCCACCAUCAGUCCAGGACUCUGUCAGCUCAGGCACGCCCGAGUUUUCCACAUCAGCCCCCGUAUAGACCCCAGACACACCUGUGGACCCUGGUGCCCUCUGCUAAGAACUCUUCUUUACGUUCAUCCCCGAUAAACUUAGCCUCUCCUGUCACAGACCUCAGCCCAGAAACCUGGAAGAUGCUGAGAGGCUACAGCCCUCCUCCCUGGAAUCUCCAGGGUGAGCUGCCAUGAGCACCUGAGAGAGUAUAAGGACUGAGGCCCCAGGGCAAAGGGACUUCUUGGACCUGUGGAGCUUCAAAAUAGGCCUUUUUUCCUUAUUCAAAAGUACACAGAUAAAAGUGUGAAUACAAUGUAAGAGAGUGUAUUUGCCUGUGGUCUCGGCAGGGGAGGCCAAGCUGUAGUCUCCCAAUCAGGGUGCAGGUGGCCGGGUCCAAGACUUGAAGAUUGCUGGUGGGGCACAGGCCUGGUGAGUUGCCUUUUCUGCCACCCUGCACCUCUCCUUUCUCCUGGAUUGUAAAACCCACGCACAAGAACUGUAGAGUGAACGAAGAAUGCAGCAGAGGAUGAAGAGGGAAAAUCCCAUGGAAUCUCUCCUUCACUUGUCAUAAGCAUUUCCCGUAUAGUUAAAAAUCCUUCCUAAAGAUUUCUUGUUUUGUUUUGUUUUUCCAUGUUGAUGAAGGUCACAUGGGAUCCUGACACCAUUUGGAGGAGAUUCAGAGAAGCCCCUGAUUGCUGACUCCGCCCGCCUGCCACACCGGCUCUGUCUGGAGCCACUGAGACUCUCGGGAUCCAGUCCACACACACCCUUCAGAGGGCACUCUGGCCAGAGAAAUGCUCCAACGGCCCAAAGCCCCUGCCUCCCCCAGACGUCCCCAGACCCCAACCCCGAGUGAGCAGGACGGGGACCCUGGGCCAGCAAGCCCCAGGGACACCGAAGCCCAGCGUCUGCGGUUUCGACAGUUCCAGUACCACGUGGCGGGUGGGCCGCACCUUGCGCUGGGCCAGCUCUGGUCGCUUUGCCGCCAGUGGCUGAGGCCUGAGGCGCGCUCCAAGGAGCAGAUGCUGGAGCUGCUGGUGUUGGAGCAGUUCCUGGGCGCACUGCCCAGCAAGAUGCGGACCUGGGUGCUGUCACAGGGCCCCCGAAGCUGCAGGGAGGCCGCCAGCCUGGUGGAGGACCUCACACAGAUGUGCCAGCAGGAAGUUCUGGUAUCUCUGGACUCGGUCGAACACCAGGACUGGAGUUUCGGUGAGGAGGAAGACGGGAAGAGCCCAAGGUCCCAGAGAGAACCAUCCCAGGCGUCUGAGCUGAUCCUGGAUGCGGCAGCGGCAGCCCCGGCACCCCCAGAGGAAAGUGAGUGGCUGGAGCCCACCCAGCUCCCGCAGAGUCUGCACACCAGGGCAGAGGCCGAGCCGCCCCGCGCCCCGGGCUCGAUGGGGUCCCGGGCCUGCUUGCCUCUGAAGCCGAGUAUCUGGGACGAGCCUGAGGAUCUUCUCCCAGGGCCCUCCUCAGACCUGCGGGCAGAAGGGGCUGUGACCUCAGGCCCCAAGGGUCUGAGUGGUCAGAGAAUCAGUCCCCGAAAGAAAAACAGGAACACCAACCAGGGCAGCCGCCAGCAGCCAUCCCUCAAGCACACUAAAGGUGGCACCCAAGAGGCUGCUACAUGCACCUCGGGAGCACCGCGUGGGCCCCGAGGGGGGCGGCCCUUCCAGUGUGCCGACUGUGGGAUGGUCUUCACCUGGGUCACCCACUUUAUCGAGCAUCAGAAGACCCAUCGCGAGGAGGGGCCCUUUCCGUGCCCUGAGUGCGGCAAGGUCUUCCUGCAUAGCUCCGUCCUCGCUGAGCACAGCAAGAUCCACCUGCUGGAGCCACCCAAGAAGAAAGGCCCCCGGAGCAAGGGCUCCCGGGAAUCCGCCCCACCCAGGGAUGGAGCCCAGGAUCCGGCGGCCCCUCGCAGCCCCAAGAGGCCCUUCCAGUGCAACGUCUGCGGGAAGUCCUUCCCCUGGAUGGUCCACCUCAUCGACCACCAGAAGCUCCACACGGUUCAUGGCCACAUGUGAAUGGCCAGCCUCGGGCCUCAGCCACCCAGCCUUGAGUCCCUGGGGGGCGCCAAUGGGCCCCAGAAGGUGGGGACAUCCCCCAGCCCCACCAAUCCCUGGCCACUGCUGUUUCACAGAAGAUCCUGGACACCGGCUCUGCGGUCUCCAGCCAGCAUGGGAGGGAGCAUCCCAGGGUCUCGGCUGAGAGGCAGCAGUUACACAGCAUAGCCUGGUCAAUCCUGCACACUGUGUUUUGCAAGUGGAUUGAAGACGAGUUUCAUUAGCAUCUCAUCUUUCAGAAGCCUUGUGCAGGUCUCCCUGUGAGUACCUGACCCAGCGGCAGGUUCUGCCGCAGGGUUUUCAUUUCACUGUGGAUAUCCCUGAGACCAUGAGGUCGGGAGCCCGCCUGGGCAGCUCCAAUUCCAGAGAAGGGUGCAGCUGCCCCCAGCUGCCCUCCUGUCAGCUCAGCCCCCUUGGAACCUAACAGAUAAACAGGGUUUUGUUUUUUUCCUAUUUUUUUUUUUUUUUUGUAAAGUACACACAUAAAAUUUACCAUUUCAGUCACUAAAAAUGCACAGCUCAGUGGCAUUAACUACAUUCACAACAUUGUGCAACUACCAGCACUCUCUAGCUCCAAAGACAUUUUCGCUCGCCCAGAAAGAGAUCCCACAGGUGUCAGCACUCAUUCGCCCUUUCCCUCCCGCCCUGACAACCAGAACCUGCUUUCUGUCUCUGGAUUUCAGGCGUAGCCUUUAGGCUAACCUGCCUAUAUUUUGUUUGACUUAUGGAAGGAUUUUUUUUUUUUAGAUAAAAUGCCAGUACUUGUUUAAACCAUAAAAAUCUGGCUUUCUACUCUGCCAGGAAGAACCAGAUGGUCCCCAAAGAGUGGGGCCCCCUAUGCUGCUUGGCUGGAGCAGAGCAAGGGCAGGCAGCAUAGUCACGACCUGCCAUCAGCGGGGACCCCGCCUCGGAUUCUGCUUCUCAUCCAUCCCCAAUUCAUUGUUGCUGGACACUGGUCCCUUUUCAAGCAAAAGCCUUAAAAGUUUUUGUCUUUUUUUCUCCUCCCAACUUCAUUUGGAAACACCACGUUGGGCUGACUGUGAAUUCACACAGGCAGAGACCUUUUUCCAAGUCGCCUUCUAACUCGAAAGCCUUUGGACCUACCCACGUCACAUCCACCUGCUGCUACUUCUCAACCAAGCCGCCCCCACUCUUGGCCUGUCCCUGAUGCCCGUCACGGGCUGUGUAGCUCCCACAGACCCUCCACUGCCUUCACUUCAUCCUCGCUGCCGCACUUGCCUUCUCACGCUUGCCUUCACGGAGCUCCCCUCAACCGGGCCUCCCGACCUCGCUUCCUGGCUCCCUCCGGCAUCCCCAGCCUUUCCCUGCAGUCCCCACUGGGGGCUCCCGGCUCUAUCCCUUGCCUUAAUUGCUGGUGGGCUCCAGCUCCCCUCCUGGCGCCUUUUCUCUCAUCCUGCAAAGGAGGAGCUUCUUCUACCGAGCUCAGGAUGAAGGGUGGGGUCUUGGCCCCCACAGUCAGCCAUUACUCUCGGAAGCCCCCUGAGCAUUCCCUCAGGCACAGAUCGAUUGUCUAGGAUGACGGGAUGUGUAAAGACAUCUCUCCCAGGUGCCCCCACCUGCUGGGAGCCAGAGGCUCAUUCCAUGCAAUUUCCAUCUCACUCUCCACUCCCUGGAGGCACAGUCACAGCUCUGUUCGUUGGUGCCACAAUUGCACAAGAAAGUGGGUGCCACUGCCCACAGGGCAUCGAUCGGCUGGCCCCAGAGACAUCCACCUGCUGUCCUUCAGUCCUCCAACUGAGUUUGUCCAAAUAACUCAUCUUCCCUUGUGCAAAAACAAAAAUCAUGCAAACUGCCUCCCCUCUGGGGUUCCCAUUCCCCCUAGAGGGACCACCACCUUCCAAGGCCAUAGAAUUUUUUUUUUUUUUUUUUGAGACGGAGUUUCACUCUUGUUGCCCAGGCUGCAGUACAAUAGCGCAAUCUU